CCUGGGCCAGCACAGCUCUGCUCCCCACCUCACACCAUGGAAGCUUCUCCCUCUCCACAGCAAUCCAAUGUCACUUCAUAUGGGGCCAUGGCUUUGGCCAUCAUCACCCUGGAGGCAUUUCCUGGCAUGUGGAUAAAUGCUUUCAUCGCUUGUGUGCUUUGCAUUGCCUGGGUCAAAAAGAAAACCUUGAACUCCAAUGAGAAGAUCUUGCUGCUGCUGGGGUGCUCCAGGAUUUCCUAUCUAUGUUUCACAUGGGUAUCCCACUUCCUUUCAGUACUUUAUCCCAAGUACCUUAAAGUUCACCCCAUACUUCAACUAAUUGCAACACUUCAAACCUUUUUUAAUUAUUCCAACUUGUGGGUCUCAGCCUGUCUUUGUGGUUUCUACUGCAUAAAAAUUGCCAAUUUCAGGAACAGGCUCUUCAUCUACCUGAAAGUAAAAAUCGACAGGAUAGUGCCCUGGAUCUUGUUGGGGUCAGAGAUUUCAGCCUUGGCUAUGGGCAUGGUUGUAUCUGACCUCAUUGCAACAGUACAAAGCGAAAACUGCACUUUCACCAGCCAAGAAAAUUUCUGGGAAGCAAGAAUCAGAAUGGAUAAACAUUUUUUCUCCUCUUAUUUUAUUGCUGGAUUUGGAUAUGCCGCCUCAUUCAUGGUAGUCAUCUUUUCUGCUGUUUGCCUUCUCUUUUCUCUCUGGAGACACAAGCGCAGGAUGCAGACAAACUCCAUGAAGGAUCUCAGCAUGGAUGCUCACAUCAAAGCCAUGAAAUCUGUCCUCUCCUUCUUAGUGAUGUACAGCAUCAACUUUGUAUGUUUGAUCUUGACAAUAAUUUAUGCCACAAAGAAAGAAGAUAUCAUGACACUCCUUAUAUUGAUGUAUUUGUGUGCUUUUCCAGGUGCUCAUUCCCUUAUUCUGAUUUUCAGCAAUCCCAAGCUUGAAAAGGCACUGAUGAAGAUUCUCUCCUGGGUGAAGUGUGACUUUUUUAUGAAAUAGGAUCUGUGAUAAAAGCUGGAGCCCAUGCAAAAUGUUGAUCUUCCACUGUAGAAAACAAGUUAUUUAAUUUCUGAUGCAGCUCUGUAGGCAGUGUAGAUGAUACUGAUGUUCACUCUUCAACAUGCAAGUUAAGAAAACUUAUUUCAUAUCUAUUAAGCUAAAUUAUUAUGAGCUAAAUAUAUUAUUAUAGUAUUUCAAGUUAUGUAAAUCUUUCAGAUAUAUUUUUGUUUUUAACAAAGUCAUUUAGGACCUCAUCAUGGUAGGAAUGAUGCCUAAGCCACUCUGUGGCGCAGGGAUUAAUGUGGGCAUGAGAGUGUGCUGGUGGGCUGAUGGAUCAUCAGGCAGAGCCCCUUCAGCUCUGCCUGAGCCCACUGGA